AUGGCCCCUCCUACCAAGAGCGGCAAGAAGGCCGCCCCGGCCCCCUUCCCCCAGUCCAAGGCUGGCAAGAAGGCGCCCAAGAACCCUCUGAUCGAGAAGCGGACCCGAAACUUCGGCAUCGGCCAGGACAUCCAGCCGAAACGCAACCUCUCGCGCAUGGUGAAGUGGCCCGAGUAUGUCCGACUCCAGCGCCAGAAGAAGAUCCUCAGCAUGCGGCUGAAGGUCCCGCCCGCAAUCGCCCAGUUCCAGAGUGUUCUCGACAAGAACACUGCCGCCCAGGCGUUCAAGCUCCUGAACAAGUACCGGCCUGAGACCAAGACCGAGAAGAAGGAGCGUCUGCUUAAGGAGGCCACUGCCGUCAAGGAGGGCAAGAAGAAGGAGGAUGUCAGCAAGAAGCCCUACGUCGUCAAGUAUGGUCUCAACCACGUUGUCGGCCUGAUUGAGAACAAGAAGGCCUCGCUCGUCCUGAUCCCGAACGAUGUCGACCCUAUCGAGCUCGUCAUCUUCCUCCCUGCCCUGUGCCGCAAGAUGGGUGUCCCGUACGCCAUCAUCAAGGGCAAGGCCAGGCUCGGAACCGUCGUGCACAAGAAGACCGCUGCUGUCCUCGCCGUCACCGAGGUCCGCUCCGAGGACAAGAACGAGCUGUCCAAGCUCGUCUCGGCCAUCAAGGACAACUACCUGGAGAAGACCGAGGAGAGCCGGAAACGGUGGGGCGGUGGCAUCAUGGGCUUCAAGGCCCAGAAGGCCAUGGAGAAGAAGCAGAAGGCUGCCGAGACUGCCCUCAAGGUCUAA